CUGACUGACUGGCUGACCGGCUGACCGGCUGACUGACUGACUGACUGGCUGACCAGCGGACUGGCUGAUUGACUAACUGGCUGACUGACUGGCUGACCAGCUGACCGGCUGACUGGCUGGCUGUGGCGAUGUUGGCCUCAAUGAGGCGCCUCCUGCAGGACUUGUGAACUUCCGUCCCACCGACCCCACAAUUCGUUCCGCCACAGCAAACCUCCCUCCCCUGGGCCGCCGCAGCACAUGGGGCCAUCACGACCCAUCUGUGCGGACCUCGGUUGGCGAUGAAGAUGACGACAACGGCGACGAUGGCAGCACGGAGAAUGGAGCGACGGGCGGCAGGGCAGACUAGCAGUGGAGAAGGGGGAGCGGCUGGGCCCCCCAAGGGGCUCGAGGGGCUGGCGUCGCUGCGGGCGCUGUGGGAGGGGAGGAUCCGCGCCACCGCAGAGGAGGUGGAGCGCCAGCGCUCGAACAGAGAGCGCCGCUCGCUGGGCAGGCUGUCUGCCGCCUGGGAGCACCGCAUCAGCGUGGCCAAGCUCCGCGAGCUGCUGGUGACGGUGGACGGCCGCGUGGUGCUCAAGGUGCUCAAGCUGGACUGGGAGAAGCUUCCAGCAGCCCUGGAGCAGCUGCCCGCCAUGCACGAGUGGCAGAUCCACCGCACGCAGCUCCACUCGCUGCCCCCUAACCUGGGCGCCUUCAGCAGCCUCCUCACCCUCGACCUCUCACGCAACCGCAUCCACUGCCUCCCGCCGCAGAUCGGCCUGCUGUCCCGCCUGCGCGAGCUGUCUCUCAGCUACAACGCCCUGGACGCCGUCCCACCGGAGCUCUCCCAGUGCCGCGAGCUCCAGCGGCUGGAGCUGUCGGCCAACCAGGGCCUCCACGACCUCCCUGACGAGCUGGGCUCCCUGCCGAGCCUGUACCACGUGGACCUGUCUGUGAAUUCGUUCCCUCGCGUGCCCUCGGCCCUCCUCCGCCUGGCGGCUCUCGAGUGGCUCGACCUGAGCAGCAACCGCCUGCAGGGCCUGCCCAGCGACAUGAGCAGCUGGCAGCGCCUCCACUCGCUGUGGCUGCAGCGCAACCUUCUGGAGGCGCUGCCGGAGUCGCUGUGCCAGCUGCGGUGCCUCACCACCCUGGUACUCAGCGGCAACCGCCUGCGGCAGCUGCCCCUGGCGAUGGAGGCCAUGACAGGACUCACAUUCGUGAAUCUGCGCGACAAUCCUCUGGAGCCGGCCGUGAGUUUGCCCGAUCCGGUGGCAUCGGAGAGACGCGGCGGUUCGGAGGAGGGGGUGGUGGAGGAGGUGGAGGAGGAGGAGGUGGGGGAGAAAUUUGGGAUGGACUUCAUGCGUCACUACCUGCGCACCCUACGGACUCGGCUGGAUUCGUCCGCCGGCGAUGGAGCCGCGGAAACGGAGGCCGGGAGAGGAGACGUCGCGGAGGGAGACACGGGGGGAGACACGGAGGGAGAUGCGGCGUUCGUGUCCACACUGGAGGUGGACAUGAGACUCUCCCACCAGAUGCUCCCAGACAGCUUACCGGGAGCUUCAUAAUGGUCGUGUCGGAGACACUGAGAGCCUGGGCUGGAGUCCUGGGUCUGAGUGUCUCUCACUCUCAGGGGGUUCACAAUGGCCAUG